GUUUGCUUUGUCUACACAACUUUAUUCACCUUUCCACUUUUCUCUUCUUCUUUCCUCUGUUUUCUUCCACAAUUUUGCCACUACCAUGACCACUUUUCUACUAUUUUCACUACUCUUCUUGGCCAUCACUAGUCACUCAAGUGGUUUGUACUGUAUUUGUAAAGAUGGAGUAAGUGAUCAACAACUCCAAAAGAAUAUAGAUUAUGCUUGUGGAGCUGGAGCUGAUUGUACACCAAUCACUCAAAAUGGUCCUUGCUAUAACCCUAACACUAUCAAAGAUCACUGCAAUUAUGCUGUAAAUAGUUAUUAUCAAAGAAAAGGUCAAGCUGGUGCUAGCUGUGAUUUUAGUGGAACUGCAACUACCAGCUCAAAUCCACCUACUACUGCAAGUUCUGGGUGUGUCUAUCAAUCCAGUCCAAGCAACACUGCUGGAGGUACAACAACUCCGACAACAGCACCACCAGGAACCACAACUCCUACAAUCUCACCACCAGGGACCACAACUCCAACAAUCGCACCGCCAGGAACCACAACUCCAACAAUCACACCACCAGGAUCUACCAUUCCAACGACUGCACCACCGGGCACUACAACUCCAGGAUCUGGCACGGGGACAGGCAUAGUGACUACACCUGGGGGAAACAAUCCAACUUUUGGGCUUGGACCGAGUAGCGUUGGCAUAGACGGCAAUGCAGCUAUGCAUCUCCAAAACAGUAUCUUUUUCACUUUAGCCCUUUUGGCUAUAAGCUUUUUAUGCACAAGGGUCUAAAGUAAAAGAGGAGAUAGGAAAGUCCAUAUUUAGAAGAAUCUUUGUUUAGUUCUUUCUUUCUUCUUUUCUGGUCUUUCUACCUAAUUAUGGUUGCUUUGAAAAGUUGGAAUUGGAUUCCCAUAGUUAGUAAAUUUUUUAUGUAGAAGAAUCUGAUCCCUGCCCCCUUAUCAUAUAUGAGUAAAGGAAGAGGCUGUAUUUUUAUUUAUUUUUUUGAGAUAAUACAUAAACGUUUCGUUUA